AUGGAGGGAGCUCUCAACUACUUUGAGCCAGAAACAUCCUCUGUGUCAGGUCGUCAAGCCGUGAGCACAGAGCAACGAACAAACCUGAAGUUUCUGGUCCAGCUGGGGAAAACGCCAUCAGAAGCGCUGGUGUUGCUACAGCAAGUGUAUAGGAAUGAGACAAUGUCACGCUCACGCGUUUUUGAGUGGUGCAAGAGGUUCCGAGAGGGACGCGAGGACGUGGAAGAUGACCCCAGAAGCGGAAGGCCUUCGACGAGCCGGACCGAGGCCAACGUCGAGCGCGUCAGGCAGACUGUCCGCGGCGAUCGUCGGGCCACGGUUCGAUGGAUCGCGAGUGAGCUGGGAAUGAACCGGGACAACGUUUGGAAGAUUAUCACCGAAGACUUGACCUUGCAGAAAGUAUGUUCAAAGCUAGUGCCAAAACGACUCAGCGAAGACCAGAAGGAUUAUCGCAUACAUUUCUGUCAGGACCUCCUGGAGCGCCUUGAAACAGAACCAGACUUGCUAAGUAGAGUUAUCACAGGUGAUGAGUCGUGGAUCUCCGAGUAUGACCCACAGACCAAACGCCAGAGCCCUCAGGCGAAGAAUCCGAUGCCGCCGAGCCCGAAGAAAGCCAGAGAAUCCAAGUAUAACGUCAAAGUGUUAUUGAUCGUGUUCUUCGAUAUGAGGGGCAUCGUCUACUGGAAGUUCUUGCCACAGGGCCAGACCCUCAACCAGCACGUUUAUAAGGAGAUCCUGCUGCGUUUGAUCAGUUCGGUGCGUGAAAAGAGGCCUGAGCUGUGGCGGGACAAAUCGUGGCUGCUACACCACGAUAGCGCACCCGCUCAUACCGCCCUAAGCGUUCGACAAUUCCUGGCUGAGAAAAGCGUGGCCGUGCUGGAGCAACCUCAGUGCUCUCCGGACCUGGCUCCUUGGGAUUUCUUCCUCUUUCCCAAACUCAAGGGGGCCAUCAGGGGGAACUGUUUUGAAGACGCCGAUGACAUGAAGGUGGCCGUCACGAUGGCGCUGCGGAGGCUCCCGGAGAAAGCCUUUCAUGAGUGCAUGAAUGCCUGGGAGAGAAGGCUUGGGAAGUGCGUUGGACUUCGGUGGGAGUAUGUUGAAGACGAAAAUUUGUAG